AUGGUUUAUACUUUGAGGAAUAGAAAUCACAAAUUAAUAUUUCUUCUUGAUUACCUUUGGCCCGAUGAAUAUUCACUUCCGCCGCUGUCACUGUGCUUCUUCUCGACAGUACACACGCUCUUGCAAGAACUAGGGCAAAUGGCCCCUUUUUUAUUUGAUAAGACCCAAGAGAGGUAUUCAGCUGCAAGGAGUCCAGACCCAAGAGUUGUAUUCGGAACAUCUGCAAGGAGACCCGACAUGAAAAUGUCACUCAUCCAUGUUGCUCUUCUGGUGGCCGCCUCUCAAAUUCAAUUGGAUAAUAAUCCCAAUCUUCUGAUUCUUCAGAAAUCUUUGCUUAUCCACGAAAAGCACGCAUUAUUAUCAUCGUCUAACUAUCUCGGCUUCAUGCCUCAACUCAUGGUCGUAAGAGCAUCGUGCAAUGACUUGUUGUUCGUGUCCCCCGAUACCCGUUUUUACCGCGGCCGUCAGAGGGUUUGGAUUAAUAUGCAAUAUAAGAACUCUUACGAGGUGGUACUUCUCGACACGAUUAGUUUGCUUGAUGCAGAAGUCGAUAGAUAUGAACAAACAGUGUGGGUGUUUUGCUCUGAGUCGGGGCAAUGGACCAGUUAUUUCUUGUUGGUGCCUAGGCGCCCAACAAAGGACUAUCCCCUCAUCGCCAAUGUUGUUUCGUGCAAUGGGAUUCUGUACUGGAUGGACGGUGUAUAUAACUUCAACCGCAUUGUUUCUUUAGAUUUGGCCGAUAAUCGGUGUGCCGUAAUCUACUUCCCGGACAUUGUGCGUGAAAACACCACCCGUUACACGCCCGACUCGAGGGUCCACAUUGGUGCCGUGAGGGAUGAGUUGAGGUUGUUGCACGUUUUGAGGGCCGGGAAAUGCUUCGUUGUGAGGGUUUGGGAAUUGGACCGUGGGGACGACACGUGGGCAUUGGUUGGCGGGAGGGAGUUGAAGUUUUCGGAUGCCGUCACUGCUGAUGGUGACAGAAAUACUGUGGUGGCAGCUGUUUUUCAUCCGAAAGAUUGUGAUUCGAUUUUUGUCAUAUGUGGAAAGAGCGUUUACAAGUGUGGGGUUUCGAAGGACACUUGUCGCAGGCUCGGUGAGCUUCGGGAAUCUAUAGGCGACGAGGGUCUUGCGUCCUUUGUUCUCAGGCAUCCACCUUGGCCCACGCCAAUUCCAUUUGGGUUGAGAGCAAAACGGCGACCAAGCAGCCCAAGGUCGUCGCUACUUCUGGUCACGCAGAAUAUGCAGAUUCCACUUUUAUAUGCUGAUGCGGUUAUUGGCAUCAAUGGUUCAAAUAUUAGUUACAUUCUUCGUGCUAGUGGUGCAACUAUCAUAGUGCAGGGAUCUAAAGGUGUUCCUGAUGAGAUGACUGUGGAAAUAAAUGGGUCUUCAGCGCAAGUCCAAACAGCUCAACAAAUUCGCUUGCCGAGGCCAUUAGCAGUGGGUAAAAUCCUGGCGGAGUGCCAGCAAGAAGUCAAGGAUAUAAUCCUUAUGCAUCAUCUCAUGGUCAUCAGCAUGGCUACAAGCAAACUGGAGGAGACUAUAAAUAUGACAAAGAGUUUCCCUAAAAUCAACUCUGAGGAAAAAGAAGAGGAGUCAAGCGUUAUGACGAUCAUAGACCCGAGAGUUGUAUGGGGAAUAUCUGGAAAGGGACCAAACAUGAAAAUAUUACCCAUACAUGUUGCUCUUCUGGUGGCCGCCCCGCAAUUGGAUAAUAUUCCCAAUUCCAAUCCCAAUAUUAUGAUUAAUCAGGAAAGCGGUAGUAAAAGGGGGAGGACAAGCAUUGAGGUCUCUGUUGACAAUGGACUCGAAGUUUUGCUGUCUAAUGUCGGUGAAGACCUAUUGUCGGAGAUCCUUGUUAGACUCCCGAAUUGUCGAUGUGUUAUCCAGUUGAGCUCUGUUUGUCGGCGUUGGCAUGUGUUGAUCUCUCAACCGCAAUUCAUCCCUAGCUUCAUCCGCCUCCAUCAAGAUCAAGAUCAAUCCUACACCAUUCUUUUCCGCAUGAAUUAUACUUCUCAUAUUCAUGAGACCCCAGAGUACUUUCAAUUGGUUUGCACUCUUUUCUCGGAGGAAUCUUUGCUUAUCCACGGAAAGCAUGUACUGUUAUCGUCUAACUAUCUCGACUUCAUGCCUUCACUCAUGAUCGUAAGAGCAUCGUGCAAUGACUUGUUGCUCGUGUCCCCGGAUAAGUAUUUUUUGGAUGGCCGUUUUCGCUACCACCAUCAGAGGUACUACAUUUGUAACCCGGUGACUAAAAAGUGGUUUCUCAUUCCUAGAGAAACCCCUCUUGGAACAAGGGCAGGAUUUGCACUAAUAUGCAAUAAGAAUUCUUACAAGGUGGUACUUCUCGAUAUGAUUGGUCCGGCUUACGCAGAAGCAACACACAUUGUUGAUACAUAUAAACAACCAGUGUGGGUGUUUUGCUCUGAGUCGGGGAAAUGGACCAGAUCUUCCUUCUUGCUUCCUGCUCGCCUGGACUAUACCGUUAUCGCCAAUGUCGUUUCGUGCAAUGGGAUUCUGUACUGGAUGGACGGUUUCAGUAACUGUGACCGCAUUGUUUCUUUAGAUUUGGCUGAUAAUCGGUGUGCCGUAAUCUACUUCCCGGAGAUUGUGCGUGAAAACACCACCCAUUACUCGCCCGACUCGACGGUCCACAUUAGUGCCGUGAGGGAUGAGUUGAGGUUGUUGCACGUUUUGAGAACUCAAAACGGGCCGGGCCCAAAAUGCUUCGUCAUGAGGGUUUGGGAAUUGGACCGUUGGGACGGCCCGUGGUCUUUGGUUGGGGAGAGGGAGUUGAAGAUUUCGGAUGCCGUCAGUGCUGAUGGUGACCGGGAUACUGUGGUGGCAGCCGUAUUUCAUCCGAAAGAUUGUGAUUCGAUUUUCGUCAUAUGUGGAAAGAGUGUUUACGAGUGUGGGGUUUCCAAGGACAAGUGUCGCAAGCUCGGUGAGCUUCGGGAAUCCAUAGGCCACGAGGGUCUCGCGUCCUUUGUUCUCAUGCAUCCACCUUGGCCCACGCCAAUUCCGUUUGCGGUUUAG